AUGUCUCGCGAGGAACAGACUAACGCUAGUAACAAUGCUACAACUAUCAAAACCAAUGCCAAUAAUUCGACGUCAAGUCAUUCACAAAAAGGAAUUACAACUUCAUAUAAGGAGACGACGCGUGAGAACAUAACAAUAAUCAACAAAACUACAAUAGCAAGCUCGAAAGCUGACUCGAGUCAAGAGGGAAAAGGUAGACGACAAUUACAACAGCAGCAGCAACGGGACAUUAGUGGUAGUGAAAAAGACAUUUCAAAGACUAUUAUCGACAACAAUAGUAAUUGUUCAUCUGAAGAUGUUACUACUAAAAUUGUAGACAUUAGUGGGGCAAGUUUAAUUAAAGGGAAUAACACUAUAAUAGUUGAUCAAGAAAAUCAUCGGGAAGGUAAUCAACAGCAACGAACAACAAAAAAUUCAAAUUCUCGAAAUUCGCUUGUUUCUCCCACGAGUCAACAACGUCCUCAACAACCAUCACCAACAAAUAGUAGCAGCGGAAGUAAUACUACUUCAAACAAGAUAGCUCCGGCCUUUGGUCCAUCUGUAUCUUUUCAAUACUAUCCCACUAAUCCUCAAUAUUUCCCUGGAAGUGCACCAUAUUUCUUUGAUCCAAGAUUUCCUCGACCUCCACAUAUUUCUCCCUUACCUCCAAACAAUCAGCCUGCUUUUGUUCGCUCAAAUGUUUAUCCUUAUCCCACUCUUCCUGUCAUUCCUCAGCUUCAUCCUCCUCCCUCUUUCCAAAGUCCUACACCUUCUACUCUCAUGACACCGCCACAUCCACACAACACUACAAGGUAUCUAAAUCCGAGUAGUGCUGCUGGUGGUGAUUCCGGAUUCUCUUCUCGUCGAAGCUCUCUUGAUCAAAUUCGAAUCCCUACUCCUGUUCUUGGUCCACAGCCUUCUCCUAGAAUACACCAAAAGAAACCAAAACAGCUAGAUAAGGCAUUAUGGGUGGGUAAUUUGCCUGAUUCAACCACUCAUGAGGAAUUACAAGAAUUCUUUGCUGAUGAAAACAUGGAGAGUGUAUUUCUCAUUAAAAAAUCAAAUUGCGCUUUUGUAAACUAUAAAACUCAUGAGGCGGUUGUGGAAGCCGAGAAAAAAUACAAUGAUGCAGAAUUCAAAGAUAUUAAGUUGGUGUGUCGGCCGAGGAAGAAUAAUCCUUCUGACUUCAAAAAUAAAAUCGAUGCAUUACCUGCUAUCACGUCAGAAAGCACGCCACCGUUUACUCCCUCAGAAGCGGGAUCAACCACUUCUUCGUCGGCAAGAUCUCAUAGGUCGUCUUUACCACCACCAAGGCAGCGCUUUGGUCCCACAUCGCAUGCAUCUAUGUCUCCCGCUUCUUCAGUAUCAUCCAAUAAGCCUUCACCUCCAAAUAGAUAUUUCAUUUUGAAAUCAUUAACCCAAGAUGAUUUGGACAUCUCUGUUGAGAGUGGUGUAUGGGCCACUCAACCGCAUAAUGAGACUUUUUUGAAUAAAGCCUUCAAGAGCGCGGAAAAUGUAUAUCUUAUCUUUAGUGCAAAUAAAAGCGGUGAAUUUUAUGGCUAUGCCAGAAUGGCAAGUCCCAUAAACAAAGAAACGACCGAAUCUAUUCAAUGGACACCUGUUGACGAAGUUACAUUAGCCGCGUCAUCCUCAAGACCUUCUGUACAAGAAGAAGUACAAUCAAAGCUUAAAAAAUCCGAAGAUGAUAGUGAAGAUUGCGACGAAGAUGGUGUACCUUCUAGAAAUUGGGGAACAGCAUUCAAAGUUGAAUGGAUAAAAGUACAAAAGCUUCCGUUCAUUCGUACUCGACAUCUUAGAAACCCAUGGAAUGCUAAUCGAGAAGUGAAAAUUAGCCGAGAUGGAACUGAAGUAGAGCCAGCUGUUGGUGCAAAAUUACUUUCCGAAUUUCAUAAUAGCCCUCCAUUGACCUAUGCUACUAUGACUGGGCCAUUAUUAGCUCAGCCUCUUAAUCUUGAAGCUACUAAUAUCGAAGGUCAAGAAAGGCAAAUUUCUUCACCAUCGGGAACAUCAUCAUCCUUACAAGGCCCUAUACCGCCAAUGAUGGAUAUUAAUUAUAUGCAAAACCCCCAACCUGCAUUCUUUCCGCCGCCUCCACCGGGGCAUCAUUACUGGCAUCCACAACCCAUUUUGAUGCCUUCAUAUGGCACUGGACCGACUCCUCCAGGAUAUGUUCCUGGUUCUGUAGCGGCGCCACGCCCUUUACAAGCUGGUGGAAUUGUUGCAAAUCCUAACUUGUCACCUAUGUUGCCCAUUGAUCAACAACAACAACAAUACGUGGAGGCACCGGUACCACCACACCAUCCUAAUCAUUAUCAACCAACUCAUACACUUUCGCACCCUCCGCAUCAUUUCCAAUCUUCACCAAUAUCACAAACAUAUUACAGACCUGAGGAGAAUCGUGUUGAUAAUCAGAUUUCUUAUCAGCCACAACAACAGUCCUCUUCGCAGCAAUCACAAUCAUCACAAGUCAACAAUAAUGAAAUCGAAUCAUCUGUCUUGCUUGAAUCCAGCAGUGUAUAA